UCGAAACUUGAAUAAAAGAAUAUAAAGAAGCUUUGGUAAAUUUGAAUAUUUCGUGCCAUGUUGUGGCAGCCGCAGUCAAAGUUUAUAAACCAAAGCGUGCAAUCCUUAAAAUUUCUGUUCAACGACCACGCUAGUGUCUGUGCGCCACAAUGGUGCGUCGCGCCUCGAGCGUGCCGCAUUUGAACAAUAAUAGCGGCGCCAGCAGUGCCGAUAGCGGCACCACACGCGGUCGCGCAGCGGCCAAUGGCAGAGGUAAACGCGCCGGUAAGAGCUCCACACCCAGCGGUCAGCAGCCCCAGAGCAGCGGCAGUGGCAGCAGCAGCGGUCAUCGUGUUCCACGUUCCCGCAGCUUAACCAACGGCAUGCGACGUUUGAGUCCGCAAAAGGUCGGCACUGGCACUGGCACUGGCACUGGCAGCUCACGCAAUACGCCGUACUUUCUGCGCUCCCGGGAACACGAAAUUGGCAGCGCUGACACGUUGGAAAUUGUUGCCUCCAAAUCCACUGGCACGGGCAGCGAGGAGCCCUCGACGCCCGAGGACAACAUCAACGUGGUGGUGCGUGUGCGUCCACUCAACGAUAAGGAGAAACGUGAUAGGCAUGGACCCACGCUACAAUUUCCUGGAAAUGGUCAAGUUAUUAUUGAGGGCAAUGAUACGGGCUCCAAGCGUUCACAUAAUCGGGACAGUGUUCGUGUCUUUACAUAUAAUGUUGUCUUUGAGCCAGGAGCUACGCAGGAAGAUAUACUUGACUAUUCGGGCAUAAAGCGUAUUAUUGAAAUGGGUAUUGAGGGAUUCAGCUGCACGGCAUUCUGCUAUGGUCAAACAGGUUCCGGGAAAACUCAUACGCUUACAGGCCCGCCGGAAUUGUUUCAAGGCAAGCCCAAUCCAAAGGAUCCACGACAUGGUCUGAUCUUCCGCUCGUUUGUAUAUCUCUUCCAAUUGAUUAAGAACCGUAAGGAUGUUAACUAUGUCCUCAAGGCUUCCUUUAUGGAGAUUUAUAAUGAGCGGGUAAUCGAUUUGCUCAAUCCGGGCAGCCAUCGCAAGCCGCUGGCCGUGCGCUGGUCCAAGAAAUCGGGCGGCUUCUUUGUUGAAAACCUAUUUACGGUGGACUGUGAGGAGCUGGACGAUCUGCUGGCGGUGCUAGAGGAGGGCAUGCGGAAUCGAGCUGUGGGCUCCCAUGCCAUGAACGAUCAUUCCUCACGCUCCCACACCAUACUGACCGUGCAUAUUCUCUCGGAUCAGCAGACAGAUGGCGGCGUGUUUCUCUCCAAGCACGGCAAGAUUAAUUUUGUGGAUCUUGCAGGCAGCGAGCUGACCAAGAAGACCAUGAGUGAGGGCAAAACGCUGGAGGAGGCGAACAACAUCAACAAGAGUCUCAUGGUCUUGGGCUACUGCAUUGCCUCGCUGAGUGACAACAAGAAGCGCAGCGGUCAUAUACCCUAUAGAGAUAGCCAGCUGACCAAACUGCUGGCGGAUAGUCUGGCGGGAAAUGGCGUGACACUGAUGAUUGCCUGUGUUUCGCCGGCGCAUUAUAAUCAUGCGGAGACCUUGAAUACGCUGCGCUAUGCAUCGCGUGCCAAGCGCAUACGCACCAAGCCUGUUAUAAUGAUGGAUCCCAGAGAGGCGCUUAUACUUAGUCUUAAGCGCGAUAUCCACGCAUUGCAGCUGGAGAAUGAGCACCUCAAGGCGGCACUGAAUCUGCAUCAUCAGGCGGCUGAGCCGCUGGGCAAUCUUCUGGAACAGCAAUUGGAGCGCGUGAGUAGCGGCGAUGUCGGCGUGACGUUGCCUAAAGUUGAUUUGGAGCGUCUGCCAGAGCUGGAUGGCGCCGAGCUGGCUGAGCUAGUGAAGCUUUACAUGGCGGAGAAUGAGUCGCUGCGGCAGGAGAACAAUCAUUUGUUCACAGUGCGCGAGACUAUACUUAGGGAUCAGGAGAUAGUUUGCCGCGAGAAUGAGCGGCUGUUGAAGAAACUGGAGGAGGUUAACAACGUGUGUGUGCGUUCGCCUUUGAUACCCGCACGCCCUGCUAUAUCGCCAACAACUGGUCAGGCCACGCCUGGCACUGAAAUCUGGACAAAUCCAGAGCCAGCAGCAUUGGCGGCUGCGGCCGCUCUGCUACCAUUGGAGCAGCGCAUGUCGGAAAAUAUGGAGAAACGCACGCAUACGGCGCAGCGUCGCAUUGAUCAGCAGCGCAUUGCGAGGAAUAUUCUCAUGAUGGCUAAUGCCUUUAGAAAGCCUAAUGCGCAGCUGGAGCAGCAUCCUAACAAUAAGGACAACAAGGAUGUCAAUGACUCUGCUGCUUAUGUGCCGGACAUGCUGGCGUAAUUUUUUGGACUCGUGUACGUACCUACAUAUACAUAAAUAACAAUAU